AUGGAGAAUGUUCCCCAACACAAUGGCACUGAGGCAACAGAGUUCAUUCUACUGGGAUUGACCAGUCAAUGAGAGCUGCAGCCCAUCCUUUUCCGGGUCUUUCUCCUGAUUUACCGCAUCACUAUGAUCAGGAACUUUGGAUUGAUUUUAUUAAUCAGAAUUAAUCCCAGGCUGCAAACCCCCAUGUACUUUUUCCUCACCCAUUUAGCAUGCGUGGAUAUUUUUUAUUCUACAAAUGUCUCUCCUCAGAUGCUUGUUAAUUUCUUAUCUGAGAAGAAAACUAUUUCCUACACGGGGUGUUUGAUCCAAUGUUUUGUUUUUGUGACUCUGCUCCUUACUGAAUAUUACAUGCUUGGUGCCAUGGCCUAUGACAGGUACAUGGCAAUCUGCAAUCCCCUGCAUUACAACAGCAGAAUGUCCAGGCCACUUAGUAUCUGCCUGGUCACUUUUCCCUGCUUCUGGGGUUCCAUGGUCGGCACAGUGCAGGGAAUAUUGACCUCGCGUUUGUCCUUUUGUGGACCCAACACUAUCAAUCAUUUCUACUGUGUUGACCCACCCCUCUUAAUGUUGACAUGUUCUGACACUUACAUAAAGCAAACUGCCCUGUUUGUAUCUGCAGGGAUUAACCUCACGGGUUCCCUACUCAUCAUCAUCAUCUCUUAUGUUUUCAUUUUCCUCACCAUUAUGAGGAUUCGUUCCAGUGAAGGGCAGUGUAAAGCCUUCUCCACCUGUGGCUCUCACCUGACAGCUGUCACUAUGUUCUAUGGGUCCCUAUUCUGCAUGUAUCUGAGACCAGCAAAUGAGCAGUCUAUUGAACAAGGGAAAAUUGUGGCCGUGUUUUGCAUUUUUGUCAGCCCCAUGCUGAAUCCAUUUAUCUAUAGUCUGAGGAACAAGGAUGUGAAAGAGGCUUUGAGAAGAGUGUUUAUGAGAAACCUUAGGAUAAAGGAGAAAAGUUCCAUUUUGACAGUCUCCCAAUGA